GACAGUGCCAUACUAUGGCAAAGCUUCGACCACCCUACCGACACCCUCCUCCCCGGCAUGAACCUGAGGCUGAGCCACAAGACGCUCCCACUGCAGCACCUCGUGUCGUGGAAAGGGCAGCAGGACCCAUCCCCCGGCGAGUUCUCGUACGGCGCGGACCCUAGCAACCUCCUCCGGUGCUUCGCCUGGAACGGGUCGAGGCCACACCGGCGAAGCCCGGUGUGGACAAGCCACCUCUACAUGGGCGGAUUCAACGAGUCGGCCAUUUACAUGGCCUUGCAUCACGCCGGCGACGAGGUGUACAUGUCCUUCGGCAUGCCGGCUGGCUCCUUCGUCCAGCUGGUGAGGUUGGAGAUCGACUACUCAGGCAAGGUAAAUAUACUAAGCUGGCAGAGCAACAUGUCCGCAUGGAGGGCCCUGUACGCAGAGCCUCAACAUGAGUGCAAUACGUACGGCUACUGCGGUCCUUAUGGUUACUGCGACAACACACAAAUCGUCCCGGUUUGCAAGUGCCUUGACGGUUUUGAACCGAGGGAUGCUAAAGGAUGGAUCUCCGGUAGCUUCUCACAGGGAUGCCGCCCCAAGGAGGUGCCAAGGUGCACCCAUGGAGACAGUUUCUUGGCCUUUCCGGGCAUGAAGGUCCCGGACAAGUUCCUUCGUGUCCCGAGCAGAAGCUUUGAUGAGUGCACCGAGGAAUGCAGAAGCAAUUGCUCCUGCGUGGCAUAUGCUUACUCCAAGAUGAGCAACAUAGAUAUUGACGGGGAUGACACAAGAUGCCUGUUAUGGAUAGGCGAUUUUAUCGACAUGGAGAACAACCAUCAAGGAGGGGAGAACCUCUAUGUUCGGACUAAAAGAUUGCAAGGUAACAUGAGAAAGAUCAAAACCAUAGAAAUUGUAUUACCAGUUGUGUCAAGUUUUCUGAUACUCAUAUGCGUGGGGCUUCUUUGGAUCUGUGGCUUUAGAGGCAAUCAAGGAAGCAAGCUUGUCUGGGAAAGGUUGAUGCGUCGAGAUACAGGAAAUUACAAUCAGUUCGCUGAUGGUAACACGGAGUUUCCCAUUUUGAACUUUAGGGAAAUUGCUACCGCGACAAAUAAUUUCUCUGAAUCCAACAUCCUUGGCAAAGGAGGGUUUGGCAAUGUUUAUAAGGGAACGUUGGAAGAUGGUAAGGAAAUUGCUGUGAAAAGGCUUCGUGUAGGUUCUGUCCAAGGGGCAGUGGAGUUCAAAAAUGAAAUAGCUCUAAUUUCCAGGUUGCAUCAUAGAAACUUGGUCAAACUUAUAGGCUGCAGUAUUCAUGAAGACGAAAAGCUUUUGAUUUAUGAAUACCUACCUAACCGAAGUCUGGAUUACUUCAUUUUCAAUGAUAGAAGAAAAUCACUGCUCAAUUGGCCCACAAGAUUUAAGAUAAUCGCUGGUGUAGCCAGGGGACUUCUUUAUCUCCACUAAGAUUCCAGAUUGAUGAUGAUCCAUAGAGAUCUCAAAGCAAGCAACAUAUUGUUGGAUGCUGUGAUGAUCCCCAAAAUAUCAGAUUUUGGUACGGCUAGGAUCUUUGGUGUCAAUCAACACGAAGAACAUACCAAUCGAGUUGUUGGAACAUUCGGAUACAUGUCGCCUGAAUACGCAAUGGAAGGCAUCAUCUCCAUCAAAUCCGAUGUUUACAGCUUUGGCGUAUUAGUUCUAGAGAUUGUGAGUGGCAUGAAGACCGGCGCCACAACCCCGACAAGCUCACGCGCGUGCACUCAUAAUCUUAUAGAUUAUGCGUGGAGCUUAAUGAAGGAUGGGAAAGUGAUGGAUCUAAUCGAGUCAUCCAUCGUUGAGGGUUGCUCUCUCGUUGAAGCUCUACGAUGCAUCCAUAUCGGACUCUUGUCGGUGCAGGACGACCCAGAGGCUCGCCCCCUCAUGUCUUGGGUGGUAGCAAGCCUGGAUAAUGAAGACACCGAGCUCCCGCAGCCAAAAGAGCCUAUGUGCUCUGCACACCGUAACUACGGAGCCGGGGAAAGCCAUGUGCAUGAUAUGAGCCUCGUAAACCUCAAGGGGCGCUAGAAAAUCCUGCCUUGUCCUUGACUUGUGACCCUCAUAUCUUCAUACGCGUACCUGCUCAGUGCUAUUCUACUUUACACUGGAUGAGCUCUGUUAAAGCUGGGAUUGUAAUUUUAUAUGCUUGUAAUAUGUGCUCAUUUGUAACUGCCGAGUGUUCGUGGCACCCGGCGUAUAGGUCGACUCCAGUAGUGAACUGUAAUGUGUAAUAUUAUUCUGACUUCUUUUACUUCUCCUCCGUGCUCGGAUGCGAUCCAUCCUUGCAGCGGAGGUCUGAGGAAGGAAAUCCCUAGCCUCCCAGAUU